AUGACCCGCUCCAGUUCAGUCCUUGCUGUGUUGGCCCUCGCCUUCGUGGGCAUCGCUUUCGUGGCGCCUCCGCUGCGUGUGUCCACCCCCCGUGGCCUCCCGGACAAGCUGGACCGCGCUGAGCCUCCGAGUGAUGCCGGCGCCGUUGUGAUGGGAGUCCUAGCAGGCGUAAUGGUGGCCCUCGCAGUGCCCGCAAGCAGCUGGGCCAUCAACGACCUGCCUGAGUUCUCCGUGGUGAGGCCGAGCUACAUGCAGGGCGUCGAUGCCGCCUUGGCCGCUACGAAGCCAGGCGAAAUCGAUUUCGUGACGCGGAGCCGAAUUGAGGCGUCCUACUUCCCCCAAGUCCUUGAAGAGCUGAAGCAGGAGAGAGUGAAGCUUGAGGCGGCUCCCAGCAAGCAGGAGCGCUUGGAGAAAGCCACUCAGCAGAUGAGGGAGUAUGCCCAGACGGCUCAAUUCCGCGUGGCCGAGGAAGUACCGGAAGUGAGGAAAGGGCUGCAUGGUCGCUCUGGCAAGGGUGGCACGGGUGUGUCAAUCUACGUGUUCGACUGCUGCCGCUUCAUUGACGAAUGCGGCCUGACGAUGCAGGCUCGGUACAUCUCCAGCUUCCUCCGCGGGCUCCGCGUCUUCCAAUCUGCUUCCGUGAUACCGUUGAUCUGGUUCUUUGCCCGCCCUGGCCACCUUCGCACAGAGGGCUGGGAGGCCGAGUUCUUGGGCUUGCUCUCGAUGGUUGGCACGCUGCUCGUGGCAUACUUCCUCCUGGAGUGUUUCACGCGACUUCGCCAUCGCCCUGUUGACAUCUUCAUCGCCUGUCGCAAGGGGUUGCUCCCGGAGCUGACGGCAUUGCUGGACGAAGGCACGGAUGCAAAUCGGCGUCUGUUGGAUGCCACGAGGCAAACACCGCUGCACAUCGCGGCAGCUGCCGGCAGCAGUGCUUGUGUCACGGCUCUGCUGCAGCAUGGAGCUGACCCGUUGCUGUGUGAUGUUGAGGAUGAGACUGCUCUCCACAAGGCGUGCCGGCGCGGCGACGUGAGGUGCAUUCGAGCUCUCCUCCAUCCGCCGAACGACACGCCCUGCGUGCUGCGAGGCGACCACCUGGAGUGCACUCUCCAAGCGAACAAGUCGGGACUCAUCGCACGACAGCUGCUCUCGCCGAAGGCAGAUUGCAGUUUGGCGGAAGAGUUGAUGGCCUGCGAGCAAGGAGAGGCGCCCCCGGUCGGCCGGACCUGCAGCACUCAGAUGGAGCAGAGCAUCCCAAGGAGGCCGACGACUCCUGUCGAAGCGACGGAGAUCUUCGGAAAGGUGCUGAAGGACAGCAGCUCGCGAUUCCUCGUGGACGAGACAAGCUCUGACAAUUCGAACCUGACAGGCUUUCUGUUCAGCACGGGCGUCGGGGAGAGAAUGGCCGAGGUGCUCGGGGCCGACCAGCGCUUCGCUGAGGAGCAGCCGGUGCAGCUGACAGCCUUGCGGACGCAGGGCGUGUUGGGCGCGGGGGCCUUCGGCAAAGUCUUCAAGGUCCUCGAUGUCGCCUCGUCAGAGGUCUAUGCCUUGAAGCUGCAGCGCCGUGACCGGGCAUCCAAAUUUGCCAUCCGAGAAGCUAAAGCACUCCACAGGUCCAGCCACGCCUUCAUCGUCAGGUUGAUUCACAUUUUCCAGACGCAGUCCUACUACGCGCUGCUGAUGGAGCUUUGCGAUAAGAGCCUGAACGCGUGCAUCCUGGACCACGUCUCCUCGAGCGGCCGUCUGGAAGGUCUUCCAGAAGACCUGGCAAGGUGCUUUAGCGUUCGAGUUGUAUGUCCUGCAACCCGAAACUCCAAGCCCGUCAACGACCUUUGA